GGCCGCCGCUGGCACAACAAAAGUGAACGUCGAUGGGCGCGCGUACCACGCUGUGAGUCGGUAAGCCGCCGGCGGGACAGUACGUUUUCGAGCGUGCCGCGUGUCGUGCGUACAGUAUCCGUGCGUCCGUGAUGUCCAGGUGGUGGAUGGUGGUGUUGCUAGCCGCGGGCGCGGCGGCGGCGGGUAGCCGAUUGCCUCGCACCUCGCCGCCCGCACCCCCGCCACAACCCUCGGCGGUGCCGCGUCUGCCGCAGAGGAAUCUUACCCUCGCCGCCAGGUCUUCGGUCAGGAACAGGGAGCAAUACAUAUUCAACGUGUUCGAAGUUAUUGUAAGCACACUGGAAACAAAACUACAACGGAUAGAAAAUCUAGAUAAGGCAGUGGAACAUUUAAUGAGAAGAGUGGAAGCUCUAGACUCCAGGGUUAACGACAACAUCCACAAAACUGACGCCAUUAUAUCAAAACUGGGAAAUCUCGACUUGAAACUAUUUAGUCAUAUCGGUCAGGAAGACGAUGAAGGAUUUACAGAAAAUACAACUAAGAAGCAAGGCGAAAAACAAAUUGCAAGCGCCCAGUUGCUUGAUAGGAAACUCGAGUCCCUCGAUCAAAAGGUUUCUAAUAUCGAUACGAAGCUAGUAGGGCUGAAAAACCAAAUAGAUAACAAUUUCUUACCCGUAGAUGACAUCAAUGCAGAAGCGAGCGAAAAGAAACCAAUUAAUUUGAAUGUAAUUGAAAUCGCUAAGGGCCUAAAUUCUGAGGUGAUCAACGAGAUAACCAAAGAGGUUGAUCAAUUGAGGACAUCAAUGUCCACCGUCGAUCGCAAAUUACAAUUUCAUAUAAAUCUUGUUUCGGAGAACCUAGGCAAAGUUUUAUAUAUGAUGGCCGACGUACACGCAGCUGUUGUAGAACCUGAAGCCGCAUCCAUUAACGUAAACAGUUUGUUUAAAAACAAAACCACAAGCAGCACGCAAUCACCAGUGGCAAAGAAUAGUAAAAUAGAUACCCUAGUGAAUAAAAUUAUUCCAAUGAUGAGUGUGUCAGAAAAAAUGGAUGAGGUUUGGGACGUCGUCGUUGGAACUAAGAGUUCUGUUGAUGAUCUUGUGCCAAAAUCAGAUGAACUACUUACACAAACACAGCGCCAGGAGCGUGCCAUCGGACAAAUUCACAACGAUUUACGACUUAAAACUAACCUUAUAAUAGAGAACUUAGACAUGGUGGAAAAAAGAUUAAAGAAACAGGAAGAUGAUGUUGCCACAUUAGCUCAGAGGCCAGUUCCUGCUGAACUGCUCUUGGAUCCCACUAUCGAUCGCCUGGUAGAGUUUGCACCGAACCGAUAUCGUAUGGAGGAUCCUUCCACGGACCCAACGACGAGCACCGUGGCGGCCACUACCAUGCCGCCGUCCUCAACAGUUAACAACAGCCCAAGCAGCCCGAGUGGGUCGAGUGCAGCGACUGUAACUGUGACGCCGGCCAGCAAGAGCAACACAGUCAGCACGGGCAGCACUGGCGCACCCGCCAACACCAGCAGCCUCGGCACACCUGGCCUCCUCGCCGGCACGGGCAGCUCCACGCCCCGCCCUUACAAUCGCAAGGGUGGAAUCAUCUUCCCAAGCGUCAAGAAUAAACCCAUCAUUGGCAAUAACACUUUCGCUUCGGAGAUCGUCGCCAACUAUAAAGACGUGAAAGGAUAUUCGUGUGUAGACCUGUCGAACGCAGGCAUGCGUGAGUCCGGCGUCUACUACCUCCAGAUCAGGGGCACCACCUACUGGUUCCUCAAGGUGUAUUGUGAGCAGAACAUCGCUGACGGUGGAUGGACUGUGAUACACCGUCGUGACGAUUUCGGCAUACCAGCUGAGAACUUCAACCGUGACUGGAGCGACUACAAGAACGGAUUCGGCGACCCGAAUAAGGAGUUCUGGCUGGGCAACGAGAACAUAUACAUGCUCACCAACAACGAUGACUACAUGCUGAGAGUUGAGCUUGAAGACUUCGACGGUAAUAAGAGAUACGCGCAGUAUUCGCGCUUCAAGAUAUAUUCUGAAGCGGAAUACUACAAGCUGGAGAUCGACGGGUACGAGGGUAAUGCUGGCGACUCUCUGAAUGAUCCUUGGUAUGGUUCCAACAACAGCCCCUUCUCAACUUACAAUAGAGACAAUGACAGGUCAUCACUGAACUGCGCAUCGAUGUUGAAGGGCGGAUGGUGGUGGAAGUCGUGCGGCCGCGGUCUUAAUGGCCUUUACCUGCAUGACCCGCAAGACCUCACUGCCAGACAAGGCAUCGUGUGGUUCCGCUGGCGAGGAUGGGAUUACACGCUCAAGAGAGCGUCCAUGAUGAUCAAGCCCAAAGGCCUGCAGCCGAACACGUGAAAGGCUCGAUCGGGCGUUUGGUGCUAAUAUUGAUGCUUCCGUUCGCUCAUUACGUGGAUUCGACAUAAUCUUGCCUAUAACUAGUAUUAGAUCUUUUAUACCCAUUACAGUAAACCCUUUAGGUAAGCAUAAUGGAAUUAAUAUUGCAAAAUAAAUUCUAUUUGUAAAUCCAUAACGAAUUGUUGGUUGGAAGCCGACGUAUGUAUACCUACCAUCAUUUGUAGUUCAUAAUUAUAUUAAUAGAAUUUAAAUUGUAGAAAAUCGCAAGAAAACAACAAUUAUGUUGAGUACAUAGUAUAGUUCCAAAAAAUAUAUUAAUUACAAGAAUCCGUGUAAUGAAUGGACAUGGACUACUAAUCGCUCAAAAUACGUACCUAUCUCUGUAAAUAUAUUUCCCUUUCAUUUACAUCACCAAUCAUGUUGUUCUCCAUUGUAAAUCGAUAGAUAAUCCCUUUCGUAUUGUAAAUAACAGAUGUUAGAAUAUAUGUUCUAUCGAAGUGCCACUCCACACCACAAAUUUCAUUAAUUUAUUACUCAUUUUAUACAUGAUACAUAAAAAAAACUCUCGUUAAUUAGGUUUAUAAUUUAGUUUUAAGGAAAAUAUGUAUUAAGAUGUAAAUAAUAAUGGCAUACAAUGGUCGUUGAAAAGAUUAUAAACAAAUCCACAUCCAGUCUUGUACGAUUCACUACAAACUUUACAUUGCAUUAGAUGGUUUAUUUGAGCUUCAAGAAGAUCAAUAAAUUAUCCUAAUAUCGAACCACAUCAUUACUACGGCUUAAACUAGACGUCUGAGUACAGCAACGCACAUUCCAUAUAAUGCACAUACACAUAAAAUGUACCUGACAAGUUCUAUGUAGAUGCAUAAUUUGUACAAUUAUUUUUAACGUUUAUAUAUCAAUGAGACAAGUUAAUGAAUAGUGUAAAGGCUACAUAUUAUUAUAUAUUACCAUGUCACUACAUACUAACCACUCACGAGAUCACUGUUAUAAAGAUGUAAUGGAGAGCUCUAAGAAAUAUUCACAAACUAUUCGCCAAAUGUUCGCCAACUGCUUUUGUGAGAUCUGUAUGUGAUCAGCGCGGCGUCGUGCCGAGCUGUAGCGCGUCAUUACUGGUAGACAAUAAAUUUAUGUAAUAAUUUA